AUGGCCAGCAAACCCUUCGCUAUCAUCGCCGGCGUCGGUCCAGGAACUGGCGCCUCAAUCGCCCGCAAAUUCGCCCAAACCUACUCCGUCGUUCUACUCGCCCGUAACCCAGCAAACUUCACGCCCGUCGUCGAUGAAAUCAACGCAAACGGUGGCCAAGCAACGGGCAUUAGUGCCGAUCUAUCAGAUACAAAUAGCGUCAAAUCCGCGUUUGAGAAAAUCACCCAGCAAUAUGGGGGAUCGACGCUAGCAGCAGCAGUAUUUAACUCCGGGGGUGGAUUCGUCCGCAAGCCGUUCCUGGAGUUGACGGAGGAGGAAUACGUUUCGGGGUUUGAGGGUCAGGGAAAGGGAGGCUUCAACUUCGCCCAACGCACCCUCCCCCUCCUUCAAAAGGCAACUGGUCUCCAGCACCCACCUACCCUCAUCUUCACCGGCGCAACAGCUAGUCUGAAAGGCUCAGCGUUGUUCUCGGCCUUCGCAUCGGGGAAGUUUGCCCUCCGUGCGUUGGCACAGAGUCUGGCUCGCGAGUUCGGACCCAAGGGAGUUCAUGUCUCGCAUGUUAUUAUUGAUGGCGUGAUUGAUAUUCCUAGAACCAAGGCGUGGACUUUUGAGCAUGAGGAUGCGAAGUUGGAUCCUGGGGCGAUUGCCGAUUCGUAUUGGCAUUUGCAUACGCAGCCCAGGACGACAUGGGGCUUUGAGUUGGAUUUGAGACCUUAUGUUGAGAAGUGGUAG